CCUUAUUUUUAAGGCGGAAUAAGGAAGUACUUUGUGGUGGAAUCACGUGAAAUGAACUGAGCAUGUAAAUAUUAGAAGCGCUCAAGUUAAAAUGGAAACGUUGAAUUUUUUAUUUUUAUGUUUUAGUUUUUUAUUUGUGUCUUCUUACGGCGAUGACUUGAUUCGUGCAUCUGUAGUUCCUCAUAGCCACAUGGACGUUGGCUGGGUUUACACUGUGCAGGAAAGCAUGCAUGCCUAUGCUGCAAAUGUUUAUACUACAGUUGUAGAAGAACUAAUAGCAGAACCACGUCGCAGGUUUAUUGCAGUGGAGCAGGAGUUCUUCCGACUCUGGUGGGAUACUGUUGCUACAAAUAAACAAAAGAAACAGGUUCAGUAUUUGGUGAAAGAAAAGCGUCUGGAAUUCAUAAUUGGUGGCCAGGUGAUGCACGAUGAGGCAGUGACAGAGCUGAACGAUCAGAUUUUACAGUUAACAGAGGGACAUGGGUUCCUGUAUGAAACCUUUGGUGUGAGACCUCAGUUUUCUUGGCAUGUUGACCCUUUUGGAGCAUCAGCUACUACACCCACAGUGUUUGCCUUAGCUGGAUUUAAUGCACAUAUUAUUUCUCGCAUUGAUUAUGACCUCAAAGAAGACAUGCAGAAAAAUAAGAUGCUCCAGUUUGUAUGGAGAGGAUCACCUUCCUUGUCCGAGCAACAGGAAAUUUUUACUUACGUUUUGGACCAGUACAGCUACUGUACACCUUCUUAUCUACCUUUUUCUGACAGGUCUGGAUUUUACUGGAAUGGCAUUGCAGUUUUUCCAGAUCCCCCAAAGGAUGGGUGCUAUCCCAACAUGAGUCUUCCAGUCUCCAGUGAAACGGUUAAACAUUAUGCAGAAACUAUGGUUGCAAAUAUCAAACAAAGAGCAUCUUGGUUUAAGUCCAGUCAUGUCCUAUGGCCAUGGGGUUGUGAUAAACAGUUCUUUAAUGCAUCCGUUCAGUUUGAGAACAUGGAUCCACUGAUAGAUUACAUCAACAAGUUUUCUGACUUUUUUGGAGUCACAGUGCAGUAUGCAACACUAAGUGACUAUUUCCAGGAUCUUUAUCACCAAAAUCUCCACUGGGAUGUCAGGAAUGAUCAAGAUUUUCUGCCGUACUCCUCAGAUCCCUUUCAAGCAUGGACUGGGUUUUAUACUUCACGGAGUGUUUUGAAAGGAAUAGCCAGGAGGGCUAGCUCACUCCUACAUGCAGGAGAAUCAUUGUUUACAUGGUUUGUUAUAAAGUAUCCUUCAGGCGCCCCAUACAGGGCAUGGGGUCUUCAACAGCUUCGCCAGCUUAGGUGGGCUUUGUCAGAGGUACAACAUCAUGAUGGAAUAACCGGUACAGAGUCCCCAAAAGUGAGUGAUAUGUACAUUUCCCAUCUGCAAGAAGGGAUAUAUGCUGUAAAGAAAUUAAUGGCCAUGCUUUUCCUCCACAUGAAUGAUUACAGGAAGACUUUACAGCAAGAUUCUUCUGAAAGUAAUGUACGGCACAUGGUUGUGUACAAUCCAUUAGCUUGGAAUAUUACCACCUUCAUUAAUAUCACCUGGCCAGAUUCUUCUAUCCUUAUUUAUGAUGAUGAUGGAAAUCUCGUACCUGUUCAGGUCCAAAAAGAAUCCAAUUCUUCUUCUAGCUACAUUGCAUAUGUGCUUGUAUCUCUGAAAGGUCUGAGCUAUGCAACAUAUACUAUCAAAUCAGGGAAUACUACAGUUCACAACACAUCCACCUGCAUUGGAAACGUUGUCGGCUUUGAGAGACAGAUGUUAAAGAAGGGGAAGAAUCGUGGAAAGAAGCUGCUUCCUGUGAUGAAUAGCUGCUACACAUUGAUGUUUGAUCAAGAUACUAACUUACUGCACAGUAUUAUGGACCGGCAAGCCAAUCGAACAAUGAAAGUAUCUCAGCAGUUUCUGGAGUAUCAUGUGAAUGGUGAUGUGAAGCAGGGCCCCAUUUCUGAUAACUACCUUUUCACUACAAAUGGAUCAGCCAGCCCUGUGUCAGAGUCUGUGGGAAUGGAGAUCGUUGCUGGCAAACUGAUUACUGAAGUCAGACAAUAUUUUUACAGUGAUCAGAAAGCCAAAGACUACCAGUAUGUACUAUAUACCAGGAUCUACAAUGUACCAGAAGGAUAUGAUGCAGAGCUGCUGUGCCACAGGAUAGAGCAGGAGUAUGUGGUCGGGCCUUUGGACCUGAACAGAGAGUCUAUUAUUAGGACCAGUACAGAUUUAGCAACUAACAAGACCAUCUUUACUGACAACAAUGGAUAUCAGUUACAGAAAAGGAUAUACAAAACAUUUGUGAAUAAUACUGUGGCUAGGAAUUACUAUCCUAUGGUCCGGAUGGCUUACAUCGAAGAUGAGCAGUCGAGACUAGUGCUGUUAGCAGAUCGUUCCCAUGGUGUCUCAAGCCAAGACAAUGGGCAAGUAGAGGUGAUGCUUCACAGAAGAUUGUGGAACAACCAGGAAUGGGACUUGGGUUACAAUCUUACUUUGAAUGACACAUCAGUGGUUACACCAGUUCUCUGGCUAAUGCUUGGAUCAAAGUCAGUUUUGAAAGCUCUCUAUCAAAAAUAUGGACUUGCUCUGGAACACAGACCUGUAGUGAUGAUAGGAUCAUUAACGGGAAAUAAAAUGAAAUCACAGCAGAACUACAUCGCAGAUGAUGGUGUGACGCUUCCAGCCAAUCUUCAUCUGCAAACUCUAAGCAUACCUGGGUGGAAUUAUAACAGCAAUCACAGUCAGCAUUUGGAAGAUAUACAGAAAGGUAAAGUGCAUCAAGCAGAUCCCGACUUCCAUCGAGUGCUUCUGAGGAUUACACACUUAUAUGAAGCUGGAGAAGAUCCUGUUCUCUCUCAGGCAGUGCGAGUGAAUCUCAAGAGUUUGUUGCUAAGAUUUGGCACUUUGACUGCUGUAGAGGAACGCUCCAUAACAGGUAUCUGGGACAGUAACAGUUUAAUUCGAUGGACAUGGAGAACCAAUCAAGCGAAACAUAAAGAAUCUAGACAGCAUGCUGAAAUGGAAGAUUUUAUUGUGACAAUCAAGCCAAAAGAAAUACGGACUUUCUUUGCAUAUUUUGAUAUGCAGUGACAACCUACAGUCUUAUAAGGAAAACACCAAACAUAUUGCUUGGAUUCAGUUGUAAUGAUAUACCCGCAAUUUCAUUUUUCAGAUAUCUUUUUUUUCAUGUGUAAGACAGUACUGGGUUUACUUUUAUCUUUCAAUGUCAUAUGUAUUGUCUGCUGCCACUAUUCUGUGUGUACAAAAAGUAAUAGUGCUUAAGAUUUAGUAUUUAGAGCACUGAUGUUGCACUUAACAUCGACAAUGCACAGCAGAUUGAUUACUGACCUCUGGUCUGUCCUGAAAGGAUAAAAGUAAGCAAUGAGUGUUUUCCUGUCAUGACAUGUGGAAUAAAACAAGCAAGGUUAACUCACCAGUAAAACAGUUUCCCAUUCAAGCAUGCAGAUCUGUAAUUCAUUUCUGGUAUUGUUUUCCAUAGGCAUUUUUGAUCCACAGUGCAACCAUUUUGCCAAGAGCAGUGUUUGUGUGAAUAAAGAAAAAUGAUAUUUGCAGUCUGUCCCUUCAACUUGGAAUUGAGAAAACUACAAUCAUAAUUUUUAAGUCUAAUCUGUAUAAUUAAAAACUCAAUUGCAAAUGUCAUUGUUCAACUGCAUUUAUUUUCUUGCAUUUUUAGCUAUGAAAAAUGACAUGCUGAUAAAGCCUUAUUUUUUUUAAUUCACAGUAAACAAAGUUUACUCAU